AUGGAAUUGAAUACUUAUAACAAUAUUAAUUCUACAGUUCAAAUAUUUCAAACUACAUCAACUAGUGCAUUAAAUCAUGACAAACAAAUAGUGGAGAAAAUAAAUGUGGACCAUGUUGUCCAACUUUUUUAUAUAUUAACUAUUAUUAUUUUAAAAUAUGUAUUUAAAAGUGUGAAUAAAGAUAUUAAGAAAAGGAGACGAACAGAAAAAAGCUAUAAGGAACUAAAAUAUGUUAAUACUAAUGAAAUUGAUGCUAUAGGAAAGAAGGAUGAAAAUGGUGAAUACGCAAAUAAACAUAAGAUGCUACCACAAAAAAAUGAACACGAUUUCAAAUAUACAAGAGUUAGAAUCUUACAUGAAUUGUUUAAAGAAAUAGAACAUAAAUGUAAAGAUCCAAAAAAAGACGACCAUAUAAAAAAUAAGGAGAAGGAAGAAAAUGAAAAAUUUAAGUUGAAUGAAGAACAUUGCGCAGAAGAAAAAGAAAAAAAUAAGCAUAAAUGCAGUCAUAAAGAAAAGGAAAAGGAUAAAAAUAAAGAUUAUUAUAAAGACCACAUUAAAGAUAAAGAUAGUGAUAAAGAAAAAGAUAGCGAUAAAGAUAGUGAUAAAGGUAAAGGCAAAGGUAAAGAUAGAGAUAAAGGUAAAGAUAAAGAUAGCGAUAAAGGUAAAGAUAAAGAUAGCGAUAAAGGUAAAGAUAAAGAUAGCGAUAAAGGUAAAGAUAAAGAUAGCGAUAAAGGUAAAGAUAAAGAUAGCGAUAAAUGUAAAGAUAAAGAUAGCGAUAAAUGUAAAGAUAAAGAUAGCGAUAAAUGUAAAGAUAAAGAUAGCGAUAAAUGUAAAGAUAAAGAUAGCGAUAAAUGUAAAGAUAACAAUAAAUAUAAAGAUAAAGAUAGCGAUAAAGAAAAAGACAAAAGCAAAGAUAUAGAUAAUAAUAAAGAGAAAGACAUAGACAAGGAGAAAAAAAAAGAAAAGACAAAAGAAAAAGAAAUAAUUCUACAAGAAGGUACGGAAGAAAAACGAUUAAUAGAAAAAGGAGUAGAGAAAUUUCAAUCAGGAAUAAAAAAAAUUAAAGAAUGGAUGGAAGGUAUAGAUAAACCUAAUGAUGAUAAUCCAAAUUUAUUAGUUACAGUUAAUAAAGGAAUUGAGGUACCUCAGAGAAAAGUUCAAGAAUUUGAAGAAGGAAUAGAAUUGUUUGAAGAAGGAGUAAAAUUACUUAAAGGAAAUACAAGGUUGGAAGAAGACGGAAGUGAAAUAAAUGAAAUAGAAAUUGUUUUUGAAAAACCAAAUAUUACCGAUGAUGAAAAAAAGAAGAAAAAAAAACAGCUAGUAGAAAAUUGGAUUAGUGACAUAAAUAAAAUGGUUGAUACGGAAGUUCAUAAAAUUAUUUCAGAAAUAGAAAACGAUAAUGAAGACAUGUCACAUUCAUUAGAAGAAAAUAACGAAAUUUAUGAAAUAUCUAGCCAAGAUGUGAAACUAACAAAAAGUAAGGCUCAUAAUAAUAUAUCAGAAGUAAUACAAAUAAAUGAGAAAACUUAUAAUCAAGAUGUAAAUGUAAAUACCAAUGAAAAUUUAAAUAAUAAUUCAAAUGUAAAUUUGUUUAACAAUUUAAGUAGAAAUACCAUUUCUCAAGAUCCUUUACAUAACCAUUUAAGUGAAAAUCGAAAUUCUGAAGAAGAUUUAAAUAAAAGUUUAAGUGCAUAUGCAAAUAACGGCAAGGAUGUAAAUAAAAUCGAUGGACAUAAACUAAAUAUAUAUGAACGUAAGAUUAAAGCAUGGAAUGAAUGGAAAAAAAAUACAAAUACAGAAUGGGAAAUAUUUAUGCUAUUGGAAAAAGAAGAAAAAAAGAAAUUCAUAGGUAAAAAAAUGAAAGAUUGGGAAGAAUGGUUUCCAACAAUAUAUUAUAAUUGGCUAGCUUAUGUUAAUAACUUGGAAGAAGAUUUUAUGCAUGAUAAGUGGGAAUUUUGGUUAAACUGGAAAAAAGAAGAUUGGGAAAAUUUGAUAGAUUCUGAGUGGACCAAACAAAUGGAAAUAAAAUUCAGAGAAUUUAUGAGAACAGCAGAAAGUAGUUUAAAACAAAAACAAUUUAAACGUUGGAGUAUAUGGAAAUCUAAUAAAUGGAAUGGUUUAAAUGGAUGGAAAAAAAGAGAAUGGAAUUUUGAAGGUGAUGAAAUGUGGAUAAAUCAAUAUUCUACUGUACAAAAUGAAAACAAAUUGAAGUGGCAAGAAUUAUCCAUACAAGAAGAAAUCGAAUGGUUAGAUUGGGUAAAAGAAAAAGAAAGUUAUAUGACUAAUAAACAAUUCAUCGAAUGGGAAACAUGGAAAGAAGAAAAAAGAAAUUGGUUUGAAAAAUAUAUUAAUUUAAUUAAGAAGGAUUGGUUAGAUCAUAAUCCAUGGAAAAAUUGGAAAGUACAAAGAAUUAAAAUGUUUCAACCACACGAAAGUGAAGAACUUGAAGAAUUAUAUGAUAUAGAGCAUAAUGAAAAGCUAGCUGUUUUGUUUGAAUAUUAA